AAAGUAAUAAAGGAAUUGAGUGCAAUCAGUAGAUUUCAAUUAGAAUCUAAUUAUAAAAUUGCGAUCAGUUCCUUACGAUCAUUUAGCUUUUUCAUAGUUUCCUUUUAUCUUUAAUAGAAUUAAAGAUUAAUGUAAUUGCCUAUGAGCUCAUGAUCGUGGAGUCUGCGACUCACCUGUGUGAGUUUAUGACGUAACGUUACAACUAUAUAACUGUAUCUAAAUAUAAUUUACCUGUUCUAUAUGUAUGUGCCUACAUUUCUUGUUUCUCUCUGCAACACUCUUUAGUUGGUGUUGGCGAUCACUUCCAAUUCCAAUAGUGUGGAGUAGUGUAUGUUGAGAUUUCAGGGAGUUAAUUUCAUCGAGUGUGGCAGAAAAAAGCUCUAAAAUUUAUAUUUUCACAUUCCUUCAUCUGUCUGCAAAACUUCUUAAUUGUUAAUUAGAUUAUAAAGUGCACGGGGGACUGGUUGUUUAAUGCCCUGAAACAUCCAGAAGAUCAUAUAAGUGGAUAAAAGUGAAAGCAAAAUGGUGGUAAUCUUGAUUUGAGAAGUUGGUGAAAAAGAUUCACAGUUGUGGAUUUAAUUGCAAUAAAAUAGUGGCAUUGUAACUAGUGAUCUCCUAACACGGUGUAAUUGUGUGUCUCUUGUGCGACGUUAUUGAGGAUAAUUUGUGUGCAAAAUUCGAUAAAAAAAAUUUAUAUGGAAAAAAUUUGAAGAGAUCUCAAACAAGGAAAAAUGCCAAGAAAACUCCUAAAAUUCCUCAUACUAUUCGACAAUACGUCUCUUUUGUACUUUCCUGGACAAUUCCUAUCUGGAAGGGUGUUGCUGCAGCUACAACAUGAAACACCCGUACUCAGUUUGCAUUUUAAUGUGAUGGGCGAAGGUGUGGUCCAGGUGCGAUCGGCUAGACAGGAAAGAACAUACGAUAAAGAGAACUACAUUGAUUUCCGAAUGCGUCUUCUUGGUGAUUCUGAUCAUGAACCAUCAAUUCUGUCGCCGGGAAUACAUAGUUUCCCUUUCAAGCUGGGUCUUCCACUUGGACUACCAUCCACAUUCCUCGGGAGAUAUGGGUGGAUUCAGUACUACUGUAAAGCAGCUCUGAGGGAACCAUCUGGACUUAUUCAUAAAAACCAUCAAGUGUUUAUUGUCAUGAAUCCCAUUGACUUGAAUAUGGAACCAUCCAUACUAUCACAACCAUUCAAAUGCGACAUUGAGCACAAGUUGGGAGUAGCUUGUGUCGGUGGCGGAGCCGUCAAAUGUCGUGUAAUUCUCGAUCGUGGUGGAUAUGUUCCCGGGGAAAGUAUCUCUGUAUCAGCUCUUGUUUCAAAUGGCAGCAAUGUGACGAUCAAAAGCACAAAAGCAUCCCUCACAGAAACCAUUGAGUACAUGGCUCGUGGCAAGGUGGUGCAAGUGGAGAAGCGAGAUCUUGUUACAAUAACUAGAGGUAAAAUUCGUCCUGGUGGCGUAGAUGAAUGGCAGAAUGAAACUCUGUAUGUACCACCGUUACCACCGACUAAUCUCAAAGGAUGCCAUAUUAUCAGAAUACAAUACGAUGUCUUUUUCAUUGUUGAACCUAAAUCUCUGGAGAAGCAGAUUAAACUUCAACUUCCAAUUGUCUUGGCAACAUAUCCAUUCCGCAAUAGUUCCGGUGAUAUCUCAAAUACAUGGCCAGAAUCAAUUUUAAAGCCCGAAACGCAUUAUCCCUCAACUUUACCAAUUUUUCGACCAUGGUUGCACGAGAAAAAUGAAAAUAACUAAUUUAAAUGAGAGAGAUAUCAUUGACACAGUGCCUUAAAACUAAUUUUAACUACAUUCAUACAAUUUCUGCAAUUUCUGGAGCAUCUGCAAAUCGUCUUUAUCACUUUUUGGAUAAUCUCUGUGAUACAACGAAGAAUCUCAAAGAUUUAUUUCAUUUUUUUUUAAUCAUAAAAAUGAAUUUCUGCGUAAUGUGACUUUAUUACCUUUAUAAAAAUUCUUUAAAAAAAAUGUUAUUUUGCAAUGAAUGAGAAAUUACCAUUGAUUUUUUUAAAGACAUCAUUGCGAAAUAUAACGAAUUAUUCCUUAAUUUGCUGAUGUUUCAGAUUGAGAAAAUUAUAGAUAUAAUUUUCUUGGAGACACCGUGAGUGUUCUCUGCGUAAGAUUUAAUUAAGUAAUUGAUUGAUCAAUUUAAUAAUGAUUUAUAUUAAUGGAAAUAAUAUAAAUUAGGUGCCAUUUGCAUGAAUUACUGAAAAAUAAAAAACAAAAUGACAAAUAUAAUCAUCACACCAUUA